AUGGGCGGUCUACGAGAUGCGUACGUUUUGGGCGUGGGAAUGACCAAAUUCCUGCGCCCUCGCAAGGAGCGAGAAUAUCCGGAAUUGGGUUACGAGGCUGGAGUGAAGGCCAUGAUUGAUGCUGGUAUCAAUUACGAUGAUGUGGAAAUGGGUAUCGCAUGCUUUGGUUAUGGCGGGUCAACAGCAGGCCAGCGUGUAUUCUAUCAAUUCGGCAUGACUGGAAUCCCAAUCUACAAUGCCCGCAAUGCUUGCGCCACCGGCUCGACUGGAUUAAACAUGGCUCGUAAUGCCGUGCGUUCGGGGACAGCGGACUGUGUUCUUGUGAUCGGAUUUGAGCAAAUGGCUGCUGGCCCAUUGGCGAACGACGAUCCGCGGCCAAGCGCGGUCGAGCUCUCAACUGCCCUGAUGCACAAGACUCGAGGCAAGUUCAAGAGCCCAAUGACUGCACAAUUCUUCGCAAACGCUGGACUUGAAUAUAUGGAGCGGUAUGGAGCACGAGCCGAGGACUUCGCAGAGCUCGCACGUCUCAGUCAUGAGAACUCAACGAAGAACCCCUAUGCGCAAUUCCAAACCGAAUAUACGCUUCAGGAAAUUCUGGACUCGCCCAUGAUACAUUCUCCUUUAACAAAAUUGCAGUGUAGUCCUACGAGCGAUGGGGCGGCGGCCGCGGUCAUUGUAUCCGGGAAGUAUCUCACCGGUCUUCGUCAGCGGAACCAAGCCAUUCUCAUGGCUGGACAAUCCCUCAUGAGCGAUGAUCCAUCACUCUUCUCCGGAAGCUCAAUGGAUCUGGUUGGAUUCGGGAUGACCAAGAAGGCCGCGAAGGCCGCGCUUGCAGAAGCUGGUGUGACUGCAAAGGAUGUUGGUGUAUGCGAAGUCCACGACUGUUUUUCGACGAACGAGCUCAUUCUGCUGGAUGGACUUGGACUUUGCGCUCCUGGUGAAGCCCACAAGAUGGUUCGAGAAGGCAGUGUUGCUCGUGGAGGCCAAGGGCCACUCCUCAAUCCGUCUGGCGGCCUGAUCUCCAAAGGCCAUCCGCUCGGCGCGACUGGUGUCGCUCAGUGCGCGGAACUAACAUGGCAUUUACGAGGCUGGGCGAACAACCGCCUCGGUCGAUCAACGACUGUAGCACUGCAGCACAAUCUGGGCCUAGGAGGCUGCUGUGUUGUGACUGUGUACAGAAGAGCAGACGGCAAAGCAAGCCAGCCUGUUUCGAACGAAGAAGUGGUGAAGACUUCUGCCUUCCAGUACAACCCUGCAGUGGAAGCACGAUACGUGACGCCAACCGAAGGCGAUAUUGCUCGCAGCCGCAAGCACAGAGUUGAAUUUGCGGUGGGUGACACUCUUGAAAAGAUUGCAGCACGUCUUUAG